AUGGCCCCCGUUUCAUACUCCAAGACCUACAAGGUCCCACGUCGUCCUUUCGAGAGUGCUCGUUUGGACUCCGAGUUGAAGAUUGUUGGAGAGUAUGGUCUCCGCAACAAGCGUGAGGUCUGGCGUGUCCAGUUGACUCUCUCCAAGAUUCGUCGUGCUGCUCGUCAAUUGCUCACCCUCGACGAGAAGGACCCAAAGAGACUCUUCGAAGGUAACGCCCUCAUUCGUCGUCUCGUCCGUGUCGGUGUCCUCGACGAAUCCCGCAUGAAGCUCGAUUACGUUUUGGCCUUGAAGAUUGAAGAUUUCAUGGAGCGUCGUCUCCAGACCUGUGUCUACAAGCUCGGUCUCGCCAAGUCUAUCCACCACGCUCGUGUCCUCAUCCGUCAAAGACACAUCCGUGUUGGUAAGCAAAUUGUCAACGUUCCAUCUUUCGUUGUCCGUCUCGACUCCCAAAAGCACAUCGACUUCGCAUUGAGCUCGCCAUUCGGCGGUGGACGUCCAGGACGUGUUCGCAGAAAGAAGGCCAAGGCUUCCGAGAAGAAGGAUGACGCCGAGGAGGAAGAGGAUGAGGAAUAG